UCUAACUGAAACAUUAGCUCUCCCUGAGUCCACAUCAGCCUGUUGCUCUUCAGACUUCAACUGGGACAUUUGCUCUGCAGAUUUGGAUUUGGCCUAUAACAUCAUACCUAAAAUGAAGGAACUACCUGAUCACCAUCUGUCCAGAAUGCCAGACAACACUGCCAUCAAGCAGCAAAAUUUGCCUGCCCACCAGCUAUAUUUCUCGGCCAAAGUAGUCUUCUCAAUUUUUGUUGGCACAGGAAUAUUCUGCCUUUGCAUGGGUGUCAUCCUAUUAUUAUCUGCAAAGAACACCAAGAAAAUAGAGAUUAAUUACACAAAAAUAUGUGCAAAUUGUGCUGAAUUCCGGGAAAAUGCCUUUAACUUUGACAAAGAAUGCAACUGUUCUAUAGCAUUUUAUCUUCCAGAGAAAAUGGAGGGCAAUGUUUAUAUGUACUACAAAUUGUAUGGCUUCUAUCAGAAUCUCUAUCGAUAUAGUCAAUCCAGAAGCAAUAACCAAUUGGUGGGUGAGGAUAUAAAGGAUGUUGAGGACUGUGCUCCAUUCAAAGUGUCUCACAAUGGUACUCCCAUUGCUCCUUGCGGGGCGAUUGCCAACAGUAUGUUCAAUGAUACCAUAGUUCUUUCAUACAAACAUACUUCUUCUAUGUCUGUCAAAGUCCCAAUGCUAAAGAAUGAACUUACAUGGUGGACAGAUAAAUACGUCAAAUUUCAGAAUCCACGUUUCACUGAUCUUUCUAGCAAAUUUGUGGGAAGCACAAAGCCCCCAAACUGGCCUAAACCAAUCUAUGAUCUUGAUAAAAGCAAUCCAGACAACAAUGGCUUCCUCAACGAUGACUUCAUUGUCUGGAUGCGGACAGCUGCCUUUCCUACAUUCAAAAAACUAUACCGUAGACUCUAUCGAAUCCACUAUUUUACUGAAGGCUUGCCUGCUGGUAAUUACAGUUUCAACAUAUCCUAUAAUUUUCCAGUAACCAGUUUCGGAGGACAAAAAUCUGUUGUUCUUUCCACGCUGACAUGGUGUGGAGGUGGUUGCUUUUUCUUAGGGGUUGCCUAUACAGUGACAGGAGCAUUAACAUGGUUGGCCUCUUUUGUUUUAAUGGCCAUUCACUUGACAUGGAAAAGAAAGAAAGUAACUUACCAAGAACAAAGUCAUGCCUUAUGAAGAAAAGCAGAAAAUCGAAGUCGACAAUAAAGUAACAGAGACACAGAUCUUUGACGUGGCUUGAAAUGACUGAGAUAUUUCAAGAAGGGGAACUGGAUUGACUGGGCAAAUACAAUCCCUGAUAAAUGCUUCUGAGUGGUCUGAGAAGGGCAGAAAAUAGAGGAGGAAUAGGAAAAGGGGAAGGCAGAGGAGGAGAAGAAGGCAUAUUUGUGUGUAGUAAACUGUUCUUGAAAUGGAAACAAUAAAUCAUCCU